AUGGACGCAUAUCAUGAAUUCAUUCAACCUACUAGGGUGUCACAAUGUAUUGGAUGUAAUUUUAUUAGUCCAACGUCAAAGAGUUUGAUUGUUGGGAAGGCUACAGUGUUACAAGUUUUCGAGAUAAUAACUACCGAAACCAAGACCCAGCAAUAUAAAUUGAAGUUGGUAGAACAGUUCAAGCUCCAUGGAUUGAUAACUGACAUAAAGGCUAUUAGAACUGUUGAGAACCUGCAGUUGGACUAUUUAUUGGUAUCUAGCAAGGGCGCCAAGAUGUCAUUAAUCAAAUGGGACCAUCACUUGAAUUCGAUUAGUACUGUUUCGUUACACUAUUAUGAAAAUUCUAUCCAAAGUUCAACAUAUGAAAAAUUGACUACUACUGAUUUAGUAGUAGAGCCUAAUAACAACUGUACAUGUUUAAGAUUUAAAAAUUUGUUGACAUUUUUACCUUUUGAAACUUUAGAUGAGGAGGAGGAAGACGACGAUGACGACGAAGAAAUGAAUGGUAGCUCUGGCAGCGAUAAGAAAGCCACUAAUAAGGAAAAUGGUAACUCGAAUGGAGAAGAAGUAUCAGAACUUUUUGAAUCGAGCUUUAUGAUUGAUGGACGUACCUUAGAUUCUAGAAUUGGAGAUAUAAUAGACAUGCAAUUCUUAUACAAUUACAGAGAACCAACGAUUGCAAUAAUUUUCCUGAAAGCUCAUGCUUGGGCUGGUAACUUACCGAAAGUAAAAGACAAUAUCAAUUUUAUUGUAUUGUCAUUAGACCUCGUAACUAAGGCAUCCACUACGGUCUUGAAGAUCGAUAAUUUGCCAUUUGAUAUAGAUAAAAUUAUUCCAUUACCUCAGCCUUUAAAUGGUAGUUUACUAAUGGGAUGUAACGAAAUAAUUCAUGUCGAUAAUGGUGGUAUUACAAGAAGAUUAGCAUUGAAUCAAUUUACAUCGUCGAUUACAACCUCGCUCAAGAAUUACCAUGAUCAAUCAGACUUGAACUUAAAGCUAGAAAACUGUUCCGUAAAGCCUAUUCCUAAUGAUAAUAAAGUUUUGAUGAUCCUAAAUAAUGGAGAUUUCUAUUAUAUAAAUUUUAAAAUUGAUGGCAAAACUAUUAAGAAAUUUUUCGUAGAAAAAGUUUCAGAUCUAAACUAUGACGAUAUCCAAUUAACAUAUCCUGGUGAAAUUGCUACCCUUGAUAAUAAUUUGAUGUUCAUUAGUAAUAAAAAUGGUAAUAACCCUUUACUUGAGUUGAAAUAUAAGAACUUUGAACAUGUUAUUGUGCAAGAGAAUGAGGAAAAUAGCAACCCAUUAGAUAAUGAAGAUGAAGAAGACGAUUUAUAUGAAGAGGAUGAGGUCAAUAAGAAAAUCUCAAUUAAUAAAAGUCUGAUUGAAUUUAUAAAGCACGAUGAAUUGUUGAAUAAUGGUCCAAUUUCAAAUUUCACGCUUGGUCAUUAUUCCACCGAUAAAUUCAAGUCAAGCUUACCGAAUCCAAAUUACAAAGAAGUUUCGAUUAUAAGCAAUUCGGGAUCCCAUAAACAGGGUGGUUUAAACAUACUUACACCAAGUGUGCAGCCCAUAAUUCAGUCAUCCUUAAGUUUUUCACAGAUCCAUAGAAUGUGGACAAUUAACAAUGAGUUUUUGAUUACCUCUGACGAUGAAAAUUUCAAGUCUGAAAUUUUUCAACUUAAUAAAUCUUUUGCAAGAUUGAAUUCCAAGGAUUUUAUCAACAACGAAUCAACGAUUGGGAUGCAUGAAUUGAAUAAUAGUGAAUUCUUUUUACAAGUGACACCAAAGAAAAUAUUUGUAUUCAAUAAAAAGUUCAAGAAAAUCAUCUCAUUUAACAAAGAGUUGAAAAAAUAUGCAAAUGAUGAAAUUAUUUAUAGUACUUUUAAUGACGAGUUUUUAAUGGUAUUUUUCUCCAGUGGUGAGGUGGUUAUUUAUUCCAUUAACACAUACAAUGAAUCAUUUACCAAGAUAAACAUUCCUAAAAUAUUGAAUGAUACUAUUAUUACUACGGGUUAUAUAACAAAUUCGAGUUUGCUUAAUGCAGUACUGAAAGACAUAAAUUUAUUGAUUAAUAAGAAUAGAGGAACUAAAAGAAAGCACAGUGGAAAAAAUACAAGUAUUACAAGUAUUAAUACACCUGACUCUGAUUUGGGACCAAAACUGAAAACUUUCAUAUUAGUUACUGGUGAUAAUAGGAUAGUUGCGUUCAAUAGAUUUCAUAAUGAAAGAUGCUACCAAUUAAAUGAUGUUGAUAAAUUUACAGAUCAUCUCUCAUUGGGAUUUUUUGAACCAAGAGACACCUACCCUGAUCCGUUUAUCAAGAAUAUAAUUUUUAAUGAACUAGGAGAUGAAUACUCAAAAGAUGAGUAUUUAACUAUUUUGACCAUUGGAGGUGAAAUUUUAGUUUACAAACUAUUUUUUGAUGGUGAAAAUUUUAAGCUUGUGAAAGAAAAAGAUUUAAUCAUUACUGGUGCCCCUGACAAUGCAUAUUCUUUAGGUACCACUAUUGAAAGAAGACUCGUUUAUUUUCCAAAUGUUAAUGGCUUUACAUCUAUAUUUGUUACUGGUAUUACACCAUACUACAUUUCAAAAACAACUCAUUCUGUUCCGAGAAUUUUUAAAUUUACAAAGCUUCCGGCUGUAUCAUUUGCGCCAUAUUCGGAUGACAAAAUUAAGAAUGGAUUAAUUUAUCUUGAUAAUUCUAAAAAUGCAAGAAUAUGUGAGAUACCAGUUGAUUUUAAUUAUGAAAACAAUUGGCCAAUCAAGAAAAUUCCUAUUAAGGAGAGUAUCAAGUCGGUAACGUAUCAUGAGCUUUCAAAUACGUUUGUAAUUUCAACUUACGAAGAAAUACCAUAUGAUUGCUUAGAUGAAGAAGGUAAGCCAAUUGUUGGUGUUGAUAAGUCGAAGCCUUCUGCAAAUUCGUAUAAAGGAUAUAUCAAGUUAAUUUCUCCAUAUAAUUGGUCUGUCAUUGAUACAAUUGAACUAGUUGAUGGUGAAAUUGGUAUGAAUGUUCAAUCUAUGGUUCUUGAUGUUGGAUCGAGUACUAAAAAAUUUAAAAAUAAGAAAGAGUUGAUCGUCAUUGGUACUGGUAAAUAUAGAAUGGAGGACUUAAGUGCUAAUGGCUCAUUCAAAAUAUUUGAAAUUAUUGACAUUAUUCCAGAGCCUGGUAAACCUGAAACUAAUCACAAGUUUAAGGAAAUACAUCAGGAAGAUACGAAGGGGGCUGUUACCUCGAUAUGUGAGAUUAGUGGACGUUUCUUGGUUUCGCAAGGGCAAAAGAUCAUUAUACGGGACUUGCAAGAUGAUGGUGUCGUUCCUGUGGCAUUUUUGGACACUUCAGUCUAUGUUUCGGAAGCGAAGAGUUUUGGGAAUUUGUUAAUUCUUGGUGACUCAUUGAAAAGUAUUUGGCUUGCAGGGUUUGAUGCAGAGCCAUUUAGAAUGGUUAUGCUAGGUAAAGAUUUGCAAUCUUUGGAUGUAAACUGUGCUGACUUUAUCAUAAAGGACGAAGAGAUCUUUAUACUUAUUGCUGAUAAUAAUAGUACAUUACACCUAGUUAAAUAUGAUCCUGAAGAUCCCACGUCUUCUAAUGGCCAAAGAUUGAUUCAUAAGGCAUCGUUCAAUAUUAAUUCUACACCUACAUGUAUCAGGUCUAUUCCUAAGAAUGAAGAAAUUAAUCCUUCAAGUACGGAAGUCUUUCAAUCGAUUGGUUCAACAAUCGAUGGUUCCUUUUAUACGGUUUUCCCCAUCAACGAAGCCAGUUAUAGAAGAAUGUAUAUUCUACAACAGCAAAUCACCGAUAAAGAAUAUCACUUCUGUGGAUUAAACCCAAGACUAAACAGAUUUGGUGGUUUAUCAAUGACUGUGAAUGAUACUAAUACAAAGCCUUUAUUGGACUACGAGGUUAUUAGAAUGUUUGCUAAAUUGAAUGAAGAUAGGAGGAAGAAUUUAUCCAUGAAAGUAAGUUCUAAGAAUGUAUACCAAGAUAUUUGGAAGGAUCUUAUUGAGUUCGACCAUGUAUUGAAAAAUUUAUAG